AGUCGGCCACUUUCCCACCCAAACGUUUGCCCAGUGCUCCCGCUGAAACAAGUCGAAACAAACAGCAAUGUCCCCAUCCCCAGUACUAGUGCCAUUACUCGUCAGGUGAACUACUACCACUACCACUGCUACUACCACAGGAGAAUUACAAAUUUGAAAUUGAAAUUGAAACUUUAACGGGAAAAAAAUGGAAAAGUGCUGGUUGUUGUUUGUCGUUUUGUUCUUGUGCCGAGCUUCGGCCACUCCGAUCUAUCCGUCAGAGACCAACAACAACGUCAUCAACAACAAUGUGACGACCAACAACAACAGUUCACUCAUUACCGACAAUCUCUCUAGUCCCCAUCGGUCGCAACAACAACAACAACAACAGGAGGAGAAUCCCGAAUGGGAAAUUCUGUACGACAAGGAAAUCGGAACGUGGUGCCAACCCGCCACUUCCGAUUUGUUGCCUCCGCCACCACCUCAUUUUAGUGAACAACAAUUUCCCAAUCUGCAGAGGAUGACGGCCAACGCCGGAUCGAGUAAAGAUUCCGCAAUGUUGACCCGCUGGGUCGAUGCUGCCCUCAAACUCGUGCGGAGUCAAACGCUUCACAUCAAUUGUAGUUCGGACGGAGUGUGUCCGCCGGAUGAAACGGAGCAACAACAGCAAAGUACGACGGCCAACACGUUAAACCGACCCGUGGCCAGCAACAUGAACCUCUACGUCGCCAUGGCAACGGACGUUAAACAUCAAAAACACAAACUGGAAGCCGUUUUACCUGACGGCGCCUUGACUAAAACUGGCGCUCACGACGCCUGGAUCGUCCUGGACCCGACACCUCAUCUCGCCUUGGGCCACACUCUGUACGUCUUUGUCAUCGAUUUCAACACGUCCGACGUCAAUUGCAUCGCCGCUGGCGGAAUUCCCCUAGAUGGAGAUGAAUGCAUCAAUCAAGUGUUCAAGAAUCGGUGUCCCAACCGGAUGAUGGUGAGGAGAGCCACGGCCGGCGCCACCCACUGGCGCCACAAGGGCCAGCACCGAUGCGACGUCGAUUUCCUGCCACUGGUCCACCUGCAGAACAAGGUGCCGCUGCAGAGUGAGCAGCGACUGUUGUGCAGCAACGACGUCAAAGGAUUGGCUCCUUGCCCGCAGCUGCGGACGUGGAACGAAACGUCGGAAUUGAUUUGCGAUCCGCUCAGUUCCAAUCAUAAAAGAUGCGACAGCACCCAGGACGUGGUCAAGACCCGGUGUCGAUUGUUCGAGACUUGCGACCAGGCCGUUCUCAUUUCCGGCGGAUGGAAUUGGCAGUGGAGCGGAGAGCGGGAAGUCAACCGGUUGCUUUCCAUGUACCGAAUGUUGCGUCACAACGGAUUCGACAAGCAGAGCAUCAAAAUCUUUUUCGCCAACGGAGCCAGGGCUAAAAGAGGAGGAGAGCACGUUGUCGAUCCGGCGGAAUCGGUGGCUGCGGGAGCAGCACUUCCGGCCGAUCCAUUUUCCUUUUCGUCGCCCAAAGUGUUGAACGGUGGUACGGAGAAACCAGUGAACCAACAUCGACAUCACGACCACCAUCCGAACGAACGUCCCGCCAUGUAUCCGGCCUCGUUGAAAAUUGGCCUGCGAAAUCACAUCCGCACCAUGUGCACCACUCCGCAUUGUGCCGACUCGCUCGUCGUUUACCUGUCGAGUCCCACCCGACCGGAUGGCGCUUCUCUUUUGUGGGAUGCCGACAACAAUGGAGAGUAUGACGAAACGGAGGUUUAUACCAUUCGUGAAUUCCUUCGCGACAUCCAGGAUUGUGUGGCCCGCCAGGUGGUCGUUUUGGUUGACCAGAAUUAUUCGGGACUGUUGGCCGACGGUUUGAAACGAUCGAAACGACACGCCAACGUCUUGAUGUUCACCAGCGGCCAAUCGCAUCAGCUGUCGCACGUCGGAGAAUUCACGUACCACUGGGCCAAUUAUCCUCACGGCCACUCGUGUCUCUCGCAAGCCUUCAAGGAUUCGUUGGAUGUUGUCAAGUUCUCCACCAGUCGGUACGAAGAUUCUUCUAAUGGGACGUUAAAAUACAAUUUAUUCGGUGCCCCGUGUGAUGCCGUGCCACCUUAUUCCAGCUACGAACUGAAAUCACUUUACAUGGGAUGCCAAUACGUUCCGACUCGGUUGUGGCUCAGCCGGCCCGGAUCGGACGUCGAUCCACCCCCAAGACUUGGAAGAAGAAGACGAUAA